CAUUGAUUAAUCAACAAAAUUUUUGAGUCCUUCACAAAAGAAACAGUCUAUGUUGUCUAUCAAAAUAUUUUGUUAUAUUAAUAUGAAAUUAUCAGUAAUGAGUGAUUGCUUUAGGUUGAAGGAGGUUUGGUGAAGAACAAAAGAAGCAAAAAACAAUGGCUACAGCAUCAGAAAUUGUAGGGAAAUUGAAUCUGAAGCCACAUCCCGAAGGCGGUUUUUACUCUGAAACCUUCAGGGACUACUCCGUGCAUCUCUCCAAAUCUCACCUCCCACCCGAGUACAAGGUUGAUCGAGAGGUCAGUACGUGUAUAUACUUUUUGAUGCCGUCUGGAUGUGUUUCUUCUCUUCAUCGUAUACCAUGUGCUGAGACUUGGCAUUUUUACUUGGGAGAACCACUUACGGUAUUAGAGUUGAAUGAAAAGGACGGUCGAGUCAAAUUGACUUGUCUUGGGUCUGAUCUCAUUGGAGAUAAUCAACUACCUCAGUAUACAGUGCCUCCUAAUGUUUGGUUUGGUGCUUUUCCAACCAAAGAUUUCAAUAUUUCUGCUGAUGGAACUCUGACCAAAGCUGCUCCAAGGGACUCUGAGAAUCACUACUCGCUUGUGGGCUGCAGCUGUGCACCUGCUUUCCAGUUUGAGGACUUUGAGUUGGCAAAACGCUCUGAUCUUGUUUCACGUUUUCCCGAUAGUGAAGCAUUCGUCUCGUUGCUGACACCAGAUGCCUGAUUCAACUGAAGAAGACUGACCCUUUUUCUGGAAAUCAUAGCUGAGAUUCUGAUUAUGAGGAGAUCUGGAUUGUAUGAUGUGAUUUUGAUCUCUGUUCAUUUUCAAAUCACGGUGUAGUUAAAGCUUUUAGUCAGUGGAUUGUGCUCUAGUGGAACCUCUUAUGGCUUACCGAAGAUAAUGAUAAUGAAUAAGGCUCUCUUUUACGACGAAUCUUGUAAAUCCAAUAUGUUUUCAGGUUCUGUGGAUGCUGCCCCUCACAUGAAAAGAGAAAUGUACCCAUCACAAAAGGAAAAAAUCAGUGAGAGAGACCUUACCUCUGCCUCUCUCUCUCUCUCUCUCCAUGAGUUUAAGUGUAAAGAAUGUGGGCCAUCUGUAAAGUUCUUGAUUUCAUUCUAUGAUUUAGACAUAUCCCUAAUUUAUUUUCUUCCA